CACCUAUCGAUUGCGCCGCUUUUCUCCUGGCGAUAUCAAUCAAUGCUAUCGCCCUUCACACAUGUAGCGCUCUCUCUUUAUAAGACGGCAUGAUUCAUAUUUCAUUGAGUGAUCGCUCCAGUCACAUCAUUGAUAGACUUUUUGUUCCAUAUUUUAUCAUCGUGUGUGUGGAUCCUACGGCACGUCUCCUCCCCCUCUAUCAUUCUGCCCGGAAGGCGGGGUGAGAUCAAACGGUUACACUAAGUUGACCGACAUCACUUGAGUCAGACUGGUACCUGAGCCAAACCAAUCGAGAUGAGCUUGUCUUGAGUGAGCAACCUCUUCAUCGUGUAGCUAUUUGAAUUUGGCCCGGUGGCUAAUCUUGUCAAGGCAAACAAUUAGAUAAAUACCGAACUACGACAAGAUUCAAGUUGAUCGUUUCGCAGGAGCCAACAUUAAGUCUGUAUCGGUGACAAAAACAAGGAGGCCCUACAUUCUCUUCAAGUAGCUCACAGGCUACGAGCGUAAUGAUGUUGCCUCUAGUUAAUCGGCUUCCACUCAGGCGACGACAAAACCGGCUCCCCCCCAACAACAAUAACGACGAUUCAAACACCCCGCCAGCCGAGGAUACCCAAGAUUCCUCCCCGGAAGAUGACACUUUCUAUCCCAGUUGUUUCGAUGUUCUGAAGGUUCGGUAUCUGCUGCAGCAUAUUUGGCAAUGGACGAGGGACUCGCAGGAAUUGCUACCAGUUGAAAUUGUAGACAUGAUUGUGGAUGCCGCCGAGUAUUGGGCUUCUUCCGAGUCCGUCCUGGAAGGAGAGACUGUUAUCCGGAAAGAUCAGGAUCAAAUUAUCUUAACGACGGUACCUCUGUGCUAUGAAGUGCAGGCCUUGAAUACCCCGUCUCCAAAGCCGCUGCCCCAUCGGACCACUCAUCCAUGCCGCCAAAUCAUCUUUACCAUAGCAUCCCAUGAUCAAGGCUGGGGUGGCGGUCCAGGGUCUCGCGGCCAAUACGGGGGCUCUUAUUCGUGGUUUGACACCGAAGUCAUUCACUCAGCACAUCAGAACAGAGCUGCAAACAAUCAGCCUCCGCCACAGGGUCCCUUCCAUUUUGGACCCGACCAUCCUAACUUGCUGCCAACGGCUCGUAAGCUACAGUCGAAUAAGACGGCCGUGCCAGGUUCGUGAAAGCAUACUAUUGUUUGGCACUACCAGGAUGACAUCGCUCCGGACUCGAAUGAAGCGGAGGAAAUCGAACGUACUCAGGGGCGAGGACGAGCCACACUGGAUGGAAGCCAAGUCCGUACUCUAGAGAUUGGAGAUGCGAUUGCUGUCUGGGGUCGAGCACGGUUUGGCGGGUGGUCGAACCAUGUGCAGCGAGUGUCAGUGCGGGUGUUUUGGGCGGUCUAAUGCGGGGAUCCUAGGUCAGCAGCAUCUUUAGAGUGAAAAGAGCUAGAAACGAAUAAAUCACCCAAUAGCAGUAUUUAUGUAGCUAGUCAACAGUUUGGGGGAAUAUUUACUAAGCAGCUAUGAUACCU